AGAAAUGAGGGUGUAUGUAACACUUUUGCUCUUAACAUUCGCAAAAUCUAGUAUUCAGUUGUGCAGAUCUACAGUAGGGGUGACCACGUGUGGAAAUGAAAUAUUACAACGAGGCAAUCCACUGAGAGUCAAUAAUUACAAAUAUUUGCUCGAAUUCGAAAAAGGAACAUUGCGGGAAAUACCCACAGGCACCUUCAAAUUCCUAACGGAACUGAAAAUUUUACACAUCAGCAACAACAAAGUCAACAAUUUAGAAGUUGGAGCAUUUGAAAGAUUGUACAACCUGGAAAAACUUUCUCUCUACAACAACCAGCUGGAAAUUAUCAAAAAUGGCGUGUUGAGGGAUUGUAGGAACUUGAAAAUUCUAGAUUUGGGCAUGAACAAAAUAUCCGACAUAGAGCAAUACGUCUUCGAGGAUACAGCAAAUCUUAUAGAACUCAACAUUGGAUUCAAUAACUUCCAAAAGGUACCUUCAGCAAUAGCCAAUCUGAAAUCCCUGAAAAUCCUGAACCUGAACAAUAAUAAACUCAAAUCCCUUCCGCCCAACUCCUUCGAUAAGUUGAAUAAGCUGGAAGUUCUCAAUCUAAGUGAUAACGAAAUCGCUUCUCUGGCAACUGGCGCCUUUGGUGGUCUUAAUAAUUUGAAAGAAUUAAAUCUCAAAUCGAAUUAUUUGAGCAGCUUGAACACGCAAAAUCUCUUAGGAGAUUUGGGAGCUCUGGUGACGAUAAAAUUAUCCGUAAACUCUUUCGGUUGUCAAACUUUGAAAAAUAUCGUGGAUGCAUUCGAAAAGAGAAGGGUAACUGUGGCUAGGGGUUAUUCUAAGUCGAGGGAUGUUGUCAAUGGAAUUGGAUGUUCUAGGCCAUGAGGCUCAUGCUGUAGUAUUUUUAAUUUCAUGAUUGAUAUUUGUCAUUCUUCUUGAAUAUACGAUUAUUGUUCAAAACGGACGUUUUUCAAAUAUUUUUUAUGAUAUUAUAUUCGAAUAUGAAAUUUUA